ACAAGAACAUGAACCACAAGCAUUAAAUUCUACAAGGCCGACGACUCCCAGACUGUUGCCACAGUCUACAAUCGCCAAUAUGCAUCCAUCUCGUCAAGCCUACGUGGAGGAGGUUGAACCCGAGAGGUGUCGUCGCUGUCGCAAGUGGGGACCCUGUAGCUGAUAAAUCCUCCAGGAUGUCGGCAUCGACCUGGCAAACAUCCCUCUCGACCGCGACUAUGAUAUGCCCUCUGCAGGCCCGGGCCUGGCUCCCGAGCGAGCUUCGGCUUUCCAGGAGCAGAUGGAUAGGAGGAGGAGAGAGGCGCAGAUUGUGGUGCCUACAGAUGACGAGAGAGUGCGAGCACGACUUAGGGAGAUUGGGCAGCCUAUAACGUUAUUCGGGGAAGAUAAAGCGCUUCGACGAGACAGAUUACGGAAGCUCCUCGCGAUAGAAGCCGAGAUCAACGCAGCAGAAGAAGAAGAUGGCGACGAGGAAAUGCGAGACGCGGCAGACGAGCAGAACGAGCAGGAAGAAGAGUUCUAUACCAAAGGCUCGCAGGACUUGGUGGAGUGCAGGAAGCGGAUCGCGAGGUACUCGUUGCCGAGAGCGAAGAAGCGGCUUAUGGUGCAAAAGGUCGAGGCUACGAUUCCGUUACGGACGCACGUCAAGUUCAGGAAGGCGAUCAGGGAGCGUCUGCAAGGGUUUGAGCUUCAGGGAAGUCAGACUGCUGGAGAACGACCCGUGAGCAUAACACGGUUCUCGCCCAACGGGGAAAUCAUCGCUGCUGGAAAUUGGGGAGGUGGCAUCAAGCUGCUUAAUGUUCCAGGUCUCGAUGUCAUACGUACUCUUCGUGGACAUACGGAUCGAGUUGGCGGAGUCUCGUGGUACCCAGAUGCUACACUUCCAGGCAGUACAGUCUCACCAGACUCCGUCAAUCUUGCAUCAGGAGGCGCGGAGGGAAAAGUGCACUUGUGGUCUCUGAACAAAGAUACUCCAAUCUCUACUUUAGAAGGUCACAACCAGCGAGUUUGCCGAGUCGAGUUCCACCCCUCAGGUCAAUACCUAGCUUCAGCAUCGGAAGAUACUACAUGGCGGCUCUGGGACGUGGAGACAUCCACCGAACUCCUUCUCCAAGAAGGUCAUUCUCGAGGUGUGUUCACAGUUGCUUUCAAUACAGAUGGUUCUCUACUCGCCAGUGCCGGAAUGGAUAGCAUAGGUCGCAUCUGGGAUCUCCGCACAGGACGCACAGUAAUGAUCCUCGAAGGCCAUAUCAAGCCCAUCUACACUCUCGACUGGGGCUCUGACGGCCACCGCGUCCUUUCCGGCUCCGGCGACGGCUGGGUCAAGUGCUGGGACGUCCGCAAAGUGCAACCAGUGGGCGGAAUCGGCGCUCACAAAUCCGUCGUCUCGGAUCUUCGCUGGUAUAAAGGCCAAGACGACCCUUCGACAGGCACUAUUCCCGAACUCGACGAGCAAGGUGCGAGGAGGCCGAAGAAUUCGGGGACCUUCUUCGUCUCGGGGGGGUUUGACAAGAAUGUUAAUAUCUUCUCGGCGGACGAUUGGAGCUUGGUGCAGAGCUUGAGUGGGCAUACGGGGAAUGUGCAUAGUGUGGAUGUGUCGAGGGAUGCGAGGUGGAUUGUUAGUGGUGGUUAUGACAGGACGGUGAAGCUUUGGGGGAGGAAUGAUGGGUUGGGAUUGUGAGAUGCGGGGCAGCAGAGAGAUGAAUGAAUAAGUACUGUCUAGAUGCAUGUUGAUAUACCAAGAAGCAGUAAGGUAC